CCGGAGUAAAAAAAAAAAAAAAAAAAACGCGCACCGGGAGCUGCUUAUUUGAAAUCCAGUGGAAUUAUUAGUAUCCUAUGUGUGUGUCCGCGUUUGUAGGACUCAAGAAAAUAGACUGUGUGGGACAAGGAUAGGACAAGAAGACUGUGAAGGAGCCUGUGAAGUUUCCGUGUGUGUGUCGGUGUUGAACCGGAGAUAGCCCCCCCACCACACACACACACACACACACACACACACACACACACACACACACACACACACACACACCGUUCCUUCUCAUUCUCAAAUGCAGCUGAUGGACUGAGUACUGUACAUUUGGAGUUGCCUUUUUUUUCUUCUUCAGUUUCAGCAGAUACCCCAGACCGAAAUGCAGCCCUGUUUCCUUUUCGUCGGUUUGUUUCUGACAGUGGCCAGAUCCCAAGAUAUCCAUCCCUCACAGGCAUCAUCCUCUAUUAGCGAGUCUUGUGACUCGUUGUGCUCCUGCGAGGGGAAAGACGGCAUCCUUCAUCUUAACUGCGAGGAGAGAAACAUAAGCAAAAUCUCCCAAAUCAAAGUCCCGUCAGGUGUGCCCUUCCACCUAAACCUUUACAGAAAUGACUUGGUCGAGCUCCGCGCCGAGGAAAUGGAAGGGCUUAAAAAUGCCCUUUCGCUGCACAUCGGGGGUAAUAGCAUACAAGAGUUGGAACCAGGGGUCUUUAGCACUCUCGGUUCACUGAAAAAACUCCACAUAAAUAGCAAUUUCCUCGUCACCCUGAAAGAGGACACUUUUCAAGGCCUGGUGAAUUUGGAGUUUCUCCAAGCUGACACGAAUUUCAUUCGGGUCAUCGAGCCGGGAGCCUUCAACAAACUCAUCCGCCUUAAGGUCCUCAUCCUCAACGAUAAUUCCAUCGAGUUUUUACCCAGCAACAUUUUCCGCUUCGUGCCCCUUACCCACCUGGACUUGCGGGGCAAUAAGCUUCAAACGCUGCCCUACGUGGGGUUUUUAGAGCACAUAGGACGGAUAAUGGAACUUCUCCUAGAGGACAACGACUGGGUCUGCGACUGUGAUAUUUUACAUUUAAAGAUCUGGAUGGAAAACAUGCGGGCCCAGUCGGCUAUCGGAGACGUGGUCUGCAGCAGACCGCAUCACCUAAAGGGGACUAUUCUCGCUAAAGUCAAGCGAGACGUUCUCUGCCCGUCCCAUGCAGAUAUUAACCUAGAGGAGCCUUCCAAGUCACUGGAUAUGGUCGUUACUCCCUCAUCCAAGGUGGCUCAGAUUCCGAAGCAGACCGACGCCAAAGAUGACGCCAAGGUUCCCACUCCGUCUCACAUUCCCGGCAGUCCCUGUGUGGAGCACUGUUCCUGCCAUAAUCACCCUGUGGCUGGGUUUUUGAUGCAUUGUCAGGACAGAGGAAUUCAAAAGGUCUCGGAUAUCGGAAUACUUCAGCAGAGCCCCACUAAACUGGUGAUGACAGGUAAUAUGAUUCAGAAGCUCCUGAAAUACGAUUUUGUCACAUAUGAUAGUCUGGAAUUGCUCAACUUGGCGAACAACAGAAUUGACUACAUAGAUAAUGAAACUUUCCUCAGCUUGGGCAGUUUGAAAAAACUCUACUUGAAUGGGAACAGAAUUGAAAAACUGUUUUCCACAAUGUUUGUGGGUCUCCACAACCUUGAAUACCUGUAUCUGGAAUACAACCUUAUCAAAGAGAUUGCUCCAGGCACAUUUAAUCCCCUGCCAAACCUGAAGCUGUUGUCAUUAAAUAACAACUUGCUCAGCUCUCUCCCUGCACAGAUAUUUCGCAACGUGCCCCUCACCAAAUUAAACCUGAGGAAAAAUCUACUUAUGCACCUGCCAGUGAGCAACGUGCUUGAUCAACUCGACUCACUAGAACAGAUUUAUUUAGAGGACAACCCCUGGGACUGCAGCUGUGACUUACUCAGCCUCAAACAAUGGGUUGAGAAACUUCGAAAGGAUACGGUGGUGGGUUCCAUUUUGUGUCACAGUCCAAAGAAACUGAUGCAGUCUGAGUUAAGGAGCCUCCGUCAUGAGGUGCUUUGUCCCAGUUUAGGGACUUUUUACCCCAGCGAGGAGGAAAGCGUAACAGCUACACUGGGUCCGGACAACGGCGGCAGGGGUUUGUUGAGUUCUCUGACGGGCACUGUCCCGCUCUCGGUGCUCAUCUUGAGCCUCCUUGUGUUUGUCCUGAUGAUUAUUUUCUGCUCGGCCGGGUUAGUUGUGUUUGUUGUGCACCGUCGAAGGAGAAAGGCGAAGAAAAAAGCAGCAGAGGAGCAGCCUAGAGAAAACAGCAGCAGCAGUCCUAUUCACUUGCAUUACAGCAUGUACGGACAAAAGACGACACACCACACUCUGACUCAAAGAACAGGGUCUGCGACUUUGUACGAAGAGAGAUCACAUAGUCCCAUUGUACAGAUCUGUCGCAACCCCACCUACUGCGCCCAACACAAGGAACGUGACACAGAUUUGGAUUACAACCUGGAAGAACCCAUCAUCAAGCAUCAAGUCUGCCGGAGUAUCAUGGAAAAAGAGAACACGUCUCCGCUCACGGGAAAUCCCGGUUCUAAGUUCAGACCGAUGACUGGAGAAUGCCCCGCGGAGUUUGUCACCCUCGGGAAUCCAAACUCCUUGUAUAGGAACAUUCUAGAGAGGGAGAAGGAACUGCAGCAGCUUGGAAUAACAGAAUACCUAAGGAAAAACAUUCCCCAGCUUCAAUCUGCUGUAGACAUGCAAGUCCCGGGACACCAGGAGGAGUUAAAGCUAAUGGAGACGAUUAUGUACUCUAGACCUCGCAAGGUCAUGCUUGAGCAAACUAAGAACGAGUACUUUGAACUUAAGGCUAACUUGCAUACUGAGCCAGACUACUUGGAGGUUCUGGAGCAUCAAACUGCAUUUAACUGAACUUUUAAAGACAAGUAUAUAUCAUGUCUUGAACCAAGUGCCUUGUCCUGUUUGCCUCUUUCCACAGUGUGACAUAUAUAUCAUGGGCACAUCACUUAAGUUUAAUUGUAGCACAGAAUGUAACUGGUUUAUCCUGUGUAACCUUUUACUGUAUCUGUUGGCAGACAUGUUACGUAGCUGGUGAAAGGUGUAAUAAUUUAGCCAAAAAAGGAUGCUAUCGCUAUCUGAACAGGCCUGGGUCGUAGCUGGCUUUGAAAUCCACUCAAUCUGCUUUCUAUGAUUGAUUAAAUUUCCAUGGCGCGCCGCUGCCAAAUGAAUUGAUCCACAGAGCGCACAAGCCGUCUAUCUGACACUCCGAUAGGAUAAAGCAGAUGUUUGGAAAGAAGUGAGUGAAUUUCAAUCACCGCUUGACCCAGAAUUGCUGUUUAAUCAGUAUAUCCUGACCUGAUUACACCCUCUGUCAACAUAAGCCAGCUGGAAUGCUGUAACCGGAAUGCUCAUUGUGCCGUAGAGUCAGCAAAAUGCCAACUGUACAUUGGAAAAUAGUGGAAGGAGUAUAGUUUUACCACUGUUUUUUCCCCUGUCAGUUUAUUCGCUGCGACGUCGCAGACAAAGGAUCUUUAUUUAUUUUUCUACGAACUGUUGAAAUUCACUGAAAAGAAAGGAUGUUUUAUUUCUUGAUUAGAAAAUAGAGCACUUAAAAGUACAGUAUAUUAUACACAACUGUAAUCUUGUAUAAACGCACUGCACUAUUCCAAUGCCAUAAGAUGGUGCAUGACAAUCAACGGAGUCCUGCUGAAAUUUUUAUUUUAUUUUUUUCAUUUGGCAAAAAAAAAAAAAAAAAAAAACGAAGAAAAAAAAAAGCAAAAAAAAAAAAUAGAGCCAGAUUUGUGUGCGACUGUGUGUAUGAGUGAGAUGUUUCGCUAUUUUAUGUCUGACGAUACUCCCAACAGCAUUCGGGAAUAUUUUUACUUCCUCAUGCUACGUCGGUUGAGAAGAAUCUCCAGCUGUGUGUGUUUUCAGAACUGGUUUAAGGUCGGGGAUUUUUAUGCAUUAGCACACGAAUGGUUACCGAAAGCUUCCCUGACGACUUCCUGGUGAAUGAUGUUUGCAACGUGGACAUUGUUCAAUAUUUCUACCACGAAACUCAUAUUCUUGUAGAUGAAUUCAACUUCGAAACGGUUCACAUAAGCACACACUCUGUAGCUUUUUUUUGUUUUUUUGUUUUUUUUUUUUACUUACAUAGAUUUAAUUAUUUAUUCUGUAUAUUUUGUAUAUACUUAUGUUCAUCAUAUCUUUGGUUUUGUGUGCCUUCAGUGCUGUACAGAAUAUAAACAGAAGUUGUAACUGAUUAAAGAAAUAAAGAAUGACAUUAUGGCUAA